UUUAUUGUCCAUUAUCACCUCGAGAUCCACAACAUCGUUUGCAUGCACUAGUAGAGCAAACACAAAGUCGUCUUGUACUUGUUCAUUGGUUAACGAGAAAACAGUUUGAUGAUGAUAUUCUUCUGACUGAUAUUGAAUCAAUAUUGUUUAAUAAUGCUGUAAAGAAUUAUGUUGAUCGUCUAUCAAGUAUGACAGUCACAUCUAGUGACAUUGCUUAUAUCAUUUUCACAAGUGGUUCAACUGGAAUACCAAAAGCGGUUCAAGUACGGCACAAGAAUUUUACUGAAUUCAUGUGUUCGUUAGUUUAUGGUGAUGUAGUAAAUGAAAGUGAUACAGUUCUUCAACUCGCACGUUGUUCUUUUGAUGUUCAUGUCCAAGAUAUAAUGGGCAGUUUUAUGAUUGGAAGUAGUCUAAUUAUGCUGCAUCCAAGAGGAAUCAUGGACUUUAAUUAUCUUUCUGGUGUUUUCAAAGACAAGAAUAUUACUUGUAUUACUACUGUUCCAACAAUAAUUAAUAGUUUCUUCACUUUCCUGCAACAACAAAAUCAUCAGAAUGUAGCGCAGUACCUGCGAUCAAUUUGUAGUGGAGGUGAGCCUUGCUCUUUGAAACUAAUAAAUUUAAUGUCGAAUACUGUAAUACACACUUGUCGACUAUGGAACAUGUAUGGCCCUGCUGAAACAACAAUUGAUUGUACAUUUCAUCUUCUCGAUGACAAAAUGGAACCUGAAAGUUUUCCAAUAGGCAGACCGCUUUCAAAUUACCAAAAUCUAGUUUUAGAUCAAGUCUCACAAAGGGUGUCUAUCAACCAAGAAGCUGAACUGUUUGUAGAAGGAGCAGGCGUCUUUGCUGGUUAUCUUGGACGUGAUGAUUUAACUGCUAAGGCUCUUGUUGAAAUAGAUGGUCAACUAUUUUACCGAACAGGUGAUCUUGUUAGAAUGGAUAAUAAUGGUCUUCUCCAUUAUCAAGGAAGAAAAGACCAUCAAAUCAAACUACAUGGACAAAGAAUUGAACUUGGUGAAAUCGAACGAUGUUUACUUAACAUUAUAUCCAUCUCUGUUUGUGUUGUCAUGAAAUGGAAAGAUGAUUAUUUAGCUGCAUAUGUUCAAAGUUUUGAUAUAAAUGAAGAAGAACUACGUGAACAUUGUCAAUCUCAUCUUCCACCACAUAUGAUUCCAUCCAUAUUCAUUAUACUAGAGAAACUACCUUUGAAUCAGAAUGGAAAAAUAGAUCGAAAACAACUUCCUUCGCCCGAUUUUUCUUCAUCAACUUUGGUAUCAUCCGAUAAAUCUGAUAUUCCUCUUAAUCAGUUCGAAGAACGUAUAAACACUAUUUGGUGUCAAGUUCUUCAUUCUAAUCAAAAUCACAUUUCUAGAACUACCAGUUUUUUUAGUGUGGGUGGUCAUUCACUUCGCUUCAUUGAACUCUAUUAUCGUUACCAGGCAUUAUUCAGUUUCGAUGCUUAUACACUCUCAAUUAGUCUCUUUCUUCAACAACCAACUAUAUUUCAACAUGCACAACUACUUCAAGCACUUCCAUCCAAUGAUAUGCAGACAACACGAUGGCAAUUACUACAUACCAAUCAAGACAUUACUUCUAUUGCUCAGAAAGACAUUUUUCUCGAUGAACAAGUUCAAAUUUCACAUGAAAUUGCUACCUAUUCGAACUUUUUCGAGCAUCCAUUUGUUGUGAUCAAUGAAAGUUGCGAUAAUAUUUUGUUCAUCUUACCACCUGGUGACGGUGGUGCCGAAAGCUACUUAAACAACAUUGUGCCUCCUGAAAUAGCCAUAGAUUGCACAGUUUAUCGUGCGAAUGUCAAAAAUGAUGCGCAGAGUGUUUCAGUUGGUGGACCAUUUUUUAAUUACCGAUGUAUAGUUAUGAAUCAAUAUUUACAAUCGUCUGUUACCAAUCAAGAAGUAGAAUUGCUUGUAGGAGGAGUAAGUAUCUUUGCUGGUUAUCUUAGUCGGGAUGAUUCGACAGCAAAAGCUCUUCUUGAAAUAGAUAGGGAACUAUUUUAUCAAACAAGUGAUUUUAUUAAAACGGGCAAAAAAGGCUAUAUUCACUAUAUUACUAGAAAAGACUUUCAAACUAAAUUGCGCGGACAACCCAUUGAACUUGGUGGAAUCGAACAAUGUUUAUUGCGGGCAUCGAUUUCAUCCUGUGUUGUUAUCAAAUGGAAUGAUGAUUAUUUAGUUGCUUAUGUUCAAUUUUCUCAUACCAACGAAGAAGAACUAAGUCAACGUUGUCAAUCUCAUCUUCCACCACACAUGGUUCCAUCCAUAUUCAUCAUACUUGACAAAUUACCACUGAAUACAAAUGGUAAAAUAGAUCGAAAACUUCUUCCUCUACCUGACUUUUUAUCAUCAGGUACUGGUUGUGAUACUUUCCAUGUUGAAUCUCCACCUAUUGACGUUCCUUUUGGUCAGCUCGGUGGAACAUCAUUAGAUACUAUUCAUGCACUUACAUUAAUACGGCAACAAGUGCAUACUAAUAUUGACAUUGGUCUUUUAUUUGCUAAUCCAUCUAUUCGACAACUGGCUAUUGCAGUAGAACCUUUGCUGAUUUCGAAUCAAUCUCAAGAGACGGUUUUCACCGUUAAUCAAUCUCAUGAAACAUAUGUUCACCUUGCACAUUCAUUUGUUGUAGAAUCUAUAGGUGUUAUAGUUCUUGUCUGUCAAUGGUUAUGUUCAAUUAUAAUAAUUCAUCGAUGGUGUCCAUUCCUUUUUCAAAUCUUACCAGUAUUUCAUCUUUUAUUCUAUGUCAUCUGCUCACGUCUAUUCUCACCACGCUACAUUAAAACUGAUAAUCUUUUCUCUUGCAAUUAUUAUCGAUGGUGGUUUUUAGAUCGACUUUGGAAUAAUAAUACAUUUUGGUUGCAGCAUAUACUUGGUACACCACUCUACAGUUAUUAUCUUCGUCUUUGUGGUGCACGAAUUAGCCUCAACACACAUAUUUAUACCACAACUAUCGAUGCUCCAUGGUUGUUAGAAAUUGAUGAAGGAAGUUGGAUUGCUAAUGAAACGUGUCUGAACUGUUUAUAUUUUAAUGAUGAUAACACCUUCAAACUGAGUCCAAUUAGAAUUGGAUCUAAUUGUUCAAUCGGUACACGAUCGGUUCUAUUUGAUGGAGUUGAUAUGCAAAAUAAUAUUAUUGUUCAACCAAUGUCAUCAGUCACUGGCUUCGUCGCAUCUGAAACGAUUAUCGAUGGUGAACAACACAAAUCUCUUCUGUCAGACACGUCCAAUAUGCAUAGUAACAGAUCAUUAUCCAUAUGGCAUAAGAUCUACCAAAUUAUUGUAAUCAUCUCGAUAAUCUGUAUUCAUUGUGCACUUUUAAUCCUCGUCUAUAAAGUUUAUUCAGUUGGACAAAUACCACUACUAAUCAAUAUUGCUUUUUGUUGGACUUUAUGGUCAAUUAUUGGUUGUUUUAUUUCGCUUCUCCUCUUGAAAUUCAUAGUAAGGCCCUGUGCUGCUGGUGAAAUAUAUCCAAUAGCGUCUAGAUUAUAUCUACAAAAAAUAUGGCUUCGUCAAUUAAUUGUAUCUAGUUUUCAUCAUGCUUGGUUAUUAUCGACUACCUACGAUUAUCUUUAUCCUUAUGUUCUUCGUUGGCUAGGUGCUCAUAUUGAAGAGAAUGUCAAAAUCGCUGAGAUAGACACAUUUCUAUCCUGUCCGACAAACCUAUUAAAAUUUGAAAUGGGUGUUACUACUUUUGGUGGAGUUUCAAUAGUUCCUACUGAUUUGACAUUCUCAGGUGAUCAUCGUGUAGAUCAAAUAGUGCUCGGAUCUCAUACAAACCUUGCCAAUGGAUGUUCAAUCUUGCCUGGUAGUUGCCUUGCACCUGAGACAAUGAUCGGCAAUUUAACACGUGUUUCACGAGAGACGAAAAGCAAAUUCAGAGAAGUUCUCAUGGGUGUUCCAGCUCGUACAAUGCCAUUUCAAAUGCCUGUAACGCCAAAAAACCAAGAUCAGAUCAAAAUCAUACCAUUUUGGCAUUCAUGCUUGUCUCAUUAUGUCAGCAAAUGUCUUUUAUUAAGCAUUUAUUCGUUUGGUGGUCUUGUCGGUGGAUCAAUCAUUCAUAUAAUGCUUGUGUGUGGUCUUAACCGAUGUCGUUCAAAUAAACGCCAUGAAAUUGUACAACAAAUAAUAGAAAGAAUGAGUCAAGAUUAUGCACAAUUUAUUUGUCCAUUUCUUGGCAAUACACAAUGGCUCAUUCGACUAUUUCGAGCAUAUGGCGCUCAUAUUGGUGAGAAUACUAUAAUGCCUGAUAUAUCCAGUAUUACCGAUUAUCCUUUGAUGAGUAUUGGAGAUAACGUUCGACUUAACGCUGGUACACAGAUACAGGGUCACAGUUUCGAACAACGUAUUUUUAAACUAGCUCCUGUAUCAAUCGGCAAUUCAUGUGUACUUAUGAGUAGCUCAAUUGUAAUGGCAGGCUGCGAACUAAUGGGUAACAAUCGUCUUUAUCCUUUAACAUUAAUAAUGAAAAAUGAUCAAUUGUCACUGAAUACUGAUUGGAAAGGGCUUCCUGCACGAUCUUACACAGUAAAAGCAAGAUUAUCUCGGUCGACAAUAGUUCAUGACGAUCUAGUAAAAUAUCAGCAAGGAUACGACACCAUUAAUAAAUUGUUUCUUUGGUACGAACGAAUUGCAAGCGUCUAUACGAGUAUAAAUGAAUUACAAUUUAUGAAUUAUGGCUAUGCAGAUAUGGAUGAAUAUAUCGAUGAUCAUACUGGCUAUUAUUCGAGAAAACUUUAUGAACAGGUUCUUGCAAAUGCGACAUUAACAAAUCAGAAUAUCCUUGAAAUCAAUUGUGGUAGAGGUGCUGGUGCUGCAUGGUGUGUUCAUACUCAUGCAUCUCACUCUUACACUGGAAUAGAUCCUUCUCAAGACGUCAUUAACUUAUGUCAACGACUUUAUUCGACACCUCCUCGACUUUCUUUCGUAGUAGCUAAUGCAACAAAACAUUUACCAUUUGAAAAUGAGUCAAUUGAUAUUAUUCUGUGUAUUCAAGCAACACAUGCUUUUGGCGAACCAAUAGCAAUCACACAGUUUGCCAAUGAGGUCGUUCGUGUACUUCGUCCAAAUGGAUAUCUUCUAUGGUGUGAUUUUUGUUACAUGAAUGGAUCAAGUACAUCAGUUUAUGAUCUGAUAGGAAAUGAUGAACUAAUUAUUGAAGAAAAGAUUAAUAUUACAAAGAAUGUUCUUCAUGCACUUGACAUUCAAAAUAAAUCUCGUACUGAUUUCAUUCAACGUUAUAUUCAACCUGAAGAACAAGAGCAUUUUCGUCAGUUUGCUGGAUUACCCGGUACUCAAAUUUAUGAGGACAUGAGUGAAGGACGUUCACAAUAUUGGCGAGUUGUAUUUCGAAAGAAGACAAUAACAGAUAUGCCUAUCAUCUGA